GGGGGGGGAAUACGCGGUUUCCUCUCCGCACGCGCCGCAGGAACACAGCGAACCGACUGGGAGGGAAAGAGCUCGCGGACGGAGAGAAAGGACACCGAGCAGCACGCGCAGCUCCGACUCCCUUUUGUCUGAGAGAAAAGCGGCCGCGGCGGAUCGGAGGAGCCCUAAACGAUGACCCAGCGAACUCGGACGCGUUCUCGUGACAGCCAUCUUUAAGAGCAGGGUUUUUGUGUGUGUGCGUGUGUGUGUGUGUGUGUGCGCGCGCGCUCGCUCGCUCGCAGGCUAAUUUUUUGUAGGAUUAGGAGGAGGACGUUAGGGGAAAAAUUCGCCCUUCCUUUGAGGUAGGAUAUGGAGCCUAGCAUUUAGCCUCCAGACUCCGAAAACACGCUGCUUUUCUCUUAAACCUUUGUUUUACUCACAUUGUUUGUCGUCCAUAAUAUUUUCGCUCCACGUUGCUCUUUUUUUUUUUAUCCGCACAGGGUUUUUUUUUCUCUUCAUGCCACACAAUAUAUUUUGCAAUCUGUCUCUUGCACCGUGGUGCGUUUUAGGCCUUGAGAACCGACUCGGAAUCAAAUGUAACAUUAAAUCCGCAGGCGCGUUCAUGUGAGCUUUGAUUAUCGCAACAUAGAUUCAAUCCGACUGGAAAAGGACGUUUUAACAGACCGUGUGUUUAAGGCACAAAGCUUCAGUAAAGGGAGGAAAAACCGUGAUAUAAAAAAAAAAUAAUAAUCAUCAUCAUAAUUAUCUGGUAGCGCGCGUUGGAGCUUUAAAUGCGCAGGUAAUUGUGGGAAUAAAUUAAUAAAUAAUAAUAAGAUUAUUAUAAAGAAGAAGAAGCGAGAACACGGGGAAAGGACGUCGGAGCGUUUUCAAUGUUAAUGUCGACCGACGUUGCGUCCAUCAUGCUGCCCGUUAGUCGGGGACUGAUGGAGCGGGACAACAGGGACUUGGAUGCGGCCGCUAACCAAAACCCACAGGCGCAGAACCAGAGCGCGAGCCCCAACCCGGUGCGGGGGAUGAAGCGUGGCGACCCGGAGCCUGACGCUCACGGAGCCGCUGCAGCACCACUCGGGGACUCGGUGGGGGCCGAGUGUAAGAGACCCCGCAUGGAGGGCGGAGGAGACAUGAGCCAGAACAAUGAUCCACUCACCAUGGGCUUCCACGGAUACCCCUCAGCCAGUCAGGGUUCUCAGGAUGCUAUGGGGGCUCAGGAAGGCCUCGUCCCCCCACCGUACUCAUCCUUCCCUCCACCUCCCCCUCCACCGCCCCAGAACGGCUUGCCGCUGGACUUUGGAGGCAGCGGUAUUUACCCCGCAGGGGGCCAGGGGCAAGUGGAGGCGCCAACAGGGAUCACUAACCCCCCCUCGGCCACUAGCACACUCAACACACAAUUAUCAGACGGUUCCCCCCAGGCAGAGGGCCAGUGUGUAUCCGGCGGCGGUUCAGGAGUAUCGGGGGCUGAAGACUCAGCAGACGGGAAAGUCACCCCAAAACGCCUCCAUGUCUCCAACAUCCCCUUCCGCUUCCGAGACCCCGACCUGCGCCAGAUGUUCGGGCAAUUCGGGAAGAUCCUGGAUGUGGAGAUCAUCUUCAACGAGAGAGGCUCUAAGGGCUUCGGCUUCGUGACGUUCGAGAACAGCUCAGACGCAGAGAAAGCCCGCGAGAGGCUACACGGGACGAUAGUGGAGGGCAGGAAGAUAGAGGUGAACAACGCUACCGCUCGAGUGAUGACCAAUAAGAAGCUGGUCAGUCCAUAUGCUAACGGAGAGGGACUCAGCGCUCUGCCUUAUGUAGCUGGGUGGAAGCUGAGCCCCAUGGUGGGUGCGAUGUACGGGCCAGAACUCUACGCAGGUGAGGCGUUGGUUCCAGGGUUCCCGUACCCCACAGCAGCGGCAGCGGCAGCAGCCACCACUGCUGCAACCUUCAGGGGCGCUCACCUGCGGGGUCGCGGCCGGCCAGUUUAUGGCACUGUGCGCGCAGCCAUACCGCAACCUGCAAUUCCGGCAUACCCAGGAAUAGUGUUUCAGGACUCUGUGGUUAGUAGCAGAUUGCCGCAGGGUGGUUAUGCGGCGUAUCGCUACGCCCAGCCCACCGCUGUAGCAGGUCCAACAGCAGCAGCAGCGGCGGCCGCUGCAGCAGCCUACAGUGACAGUUACGGCCGAGUGUAUGCGGCAGAUCCCUACGCUACAGCGCUAGCAGCACCCACGGCUGCAGCAUACGGAGUGGGCGCAAUGGCCACUCUCUAUCGGGGCGGAUACAGCAGGUUUUCUCCUUACUAACCUCCAGAAACCUCUCCGCUCCACCGACUUCACCCAAACUUUUACCAACAGCCGGUCUCUUAGGAGUCCUUUUUUUUUUUUUGUGGACAAAAAAAAAAAAAAAUAAUAAUUUACAAAACGAAAACACACACCGCUUAAGCAUAAAUACUUGAGAAAGGAAAGUACAUCACUACAAGUGGGUUUUUAAAAAAAAUUCAAAUUUAAAAAUCACAUACAUAGAAGUAACUUUACAAGGCGAGCGAGACGCUGACCAAGGAAUUGCACGACUGAGAAAAAAAAAAUUGUAUUCUUUCCUUCUUUGGCACGUUUCUCUGCACAUAUGCAUGCAGUAAUGGCUCUAGAGGAACGGUUCUAGCGGCCAACAAACUCCAUGUGCACAGAGCGUCCGGACUACGGCGGGCAAAGUUUGUGCGUCGCUCUUCUACUACUACAUCACACUACAUUUAUCCCCAGCCCUAGCAAAGAAGCCUGCCCACUUCACCACAAGGACUGUAAGAGGAUCACAGGACAAACAGAAACCCGCACGUUCUUUCUUUAAUAGAGGAACCGACAAAAUACCACACGAAAGGAGACGACUUUGGUGUGAAGUGGUGUUUUGUUUUUUUUUGUUUUGUUUUUCCUCAUAAAGAAAAAAAAAGGACCGGGAUGUGAAACAAAAUCGACAGCUGUUACGGAUCCCCGGGAUUCUCCUCACGCAUACGGGACGAUGUGUCAUAAAAUAACCUACAGAAAACCUUGCUUAGAUUUUUGCUUUUUUUUUGUUUUGUUUUUGUUUUUUUUUCCUUUAUUUUUUGGGGUGUUCAAAUUACCUCCUGCUUUCCGAGUCUUUUUUUUGAAAAGACGUACCUUUAAAAUUGAAUAGUAUCAAUAUGCAAAUAAACUAGCUUAGAACAAAAAUGUUACCAAACUUCUUUAUUAUUAUUAUUAUUAUUAUUAUUAUUAUUAUUAUUAUUAGACCAUUUCUUUAAAAUGCCGUCCCUGUGAGCUGUUGACUCCUAUUUAAACGCGGAGGUUAUAUCAUGAAAUUAUCGAAAUGUAACACUAUAUAACACGAUUAAGUUUAGAGGAAGAAAAAAAAACGCACACUUAAGAAUUUUUAUACAAUUUGUUGGAUUGGAUUUUGGGCUUCUGAGUCCUUUUUACAAGAAUUGUCGUGCUGUCAGAUAUGCAACUUGCGUCAUUUUUCAACAGGGUGUGCAGCAAGUGAUGAAACCUUUGGAUAUUUUAAAGUCGUUAAACUACAUAGUAUUUUUAUUUUUUUUUUCCUUCUCGCUUCUUUACAUGUAUUUACUCUUAUCUUCUGAAUAUCGAUAUUAUGUCUUAUGAAUUUUUGGUUCCAAAGAUUUUGUGAAGCACAUUUAUUUUUCGUUUUUUUUUUUUUUGUUUCUUUUAUUUUUGUUUAUAUGUAUGAGCCUAUGGCCAUUUUUGUUGUUUGCCUUGUUUUAUUUUUGUAUCAAUAGAUUUUACUGUUUGAUUUUUUUGAAGUGACUUAAAAAAAAAAAAAAAAAUCCAACAAAAAAAAAAAAUGGUUUGAACCGAAAUGGAUUUUGCAGUGUCUGCUGUGCCAUCGACAUCCAGUUUCCAGCGUAAUUUAUUACCAAACCUAUCAGUCAAAUAUAAGCAGGUUAUUCUGUGGUCAGGAUUAAUCAGUGUACGUGCUUCGUUCCGAGUCGUGUAUCAGUACUUUCUGUGCUGGAAUUGUUGGAAAAGCAUGAAAAACCCAAGCUACCGGGUAUUAAUUGUGUAUGGAUUCGCCCGUUAUUAAAAAAAAAAAAAAAAAAAAAAUUAUAUAUAUAUAUAUUUCAGCAGUGUUGCCUAGCAACGGUCAGCACCUAUACUGUAAGUUAAUACUAGAAUACAUUUCAUACUUAACCCUUUUUUUUUUUUGGUUUUGUUUUGUUUGUGUGUAAUGUAAGGGUUGAAUUAUAUUCCACUGCACCAAGCAAGUCCUGGAAGUGGAACGUUUAUUAAGAUUUAAAGAAUUUUUCCCUGCCUCUCUCUCUGGAAACCCAUUGAGAUAGAAGGGUGUUAAUUUUUUUUUUUUUUUUUUUUUGCUGUCCUUUAGGUACUUUGCAGCCUAUGCACUACGUUUCCUCAGUGUUAUCAAGACAAUUUAAGACGUCAUUAGCUGCGAUCGAUCUCUCCCUACCUUUUUUUUUGGUGUUUUUUUUUUUUUUUUGCCUCGACUCUUCCAAGAUCUGUGUCGGAUAAAUCUGGAUGAAUUUGUUCCAUUUUUUUUUUUCUUUUUCUAGCCUUCCUAUGUGUAUAGUGACUAAAGUGCUACUGUUAAAACAGUAGUCCAAAGCCAGACAAGUUUUAGACUCAUUUCAGUCCAGUGAUAUUUAUUAGUGAAUUCCAUCCCACAAAUCAAACUGAGAGAGGAAUUCCGAUUGGAAAUCCGGGUCAGGAAUCAGGCAGAAUCCUGACGAAGAGCGCGCAAGUCUAGAAAUGUUGGAUCGUCUUAUAGAGCACAGGUUUCUAAUAACGUUCAGCUGUACAGUCAGGGUGGGAAUGAAACAAGCUGCCACCUUCGGCAGAGUCCCAAUCCUAUCCUAUAUCUCCUUUCCAUCUUUGCACAUUAUUAUAUAAUACAUGUUGUGCAUAUUAUCCUUUAGUUUACAAUGUGAGUGUGUUUUCGGUUUGAACUCUUCCUCUCUGCAUACUCGGAUGCCAUUCGUGAUGUAAUUUGUAUCUGAAUGUCCAUAUAAACUGUUUUUUUUUUGUUUUUUUUGUUUUUUUAAAUAUAUGCACAAAUGAGUUUGA